CGUUUGUUAGGAUUGCAGGGUAGGAUGAUGGAAGAUAUGAUGGCCCUUCACAGGGUCAAACUAGAGACAGACAGACAGGCACGUGCGCUCCGGCAGCUCAACACCAGGAGCCCAAUUGUUCCAUCAAGAGAAAGUCUGGAGGGUCAGAGAAAUGCCCCACAGCCGAAACGCAGGAUCCCUCCCAAGUCUCCACCCUACACCGGCCUCAGACUCGGGGGAUACGAACAACAUCAGAAGAAUCUCAAAGCUCAGGCUGCUCAGGAGUAUCAACAGUACUUGCAAAAACAGAAACCGAGGUCAGGAUUCCAAGCGUCUCCUUUGAUUACAGCUGAGAAACAAAUUUCGAAGCAGCCAUCUCCACGAAGCGAGAAUAGGCAAGAAGCACCCCAAAAUGACGAGAAUAUGGAUGAAGCUUAUCAGAAGUUGCUGGAACGAAAGAGAGAAAUAGAGAGAAAAUACAGGGCACAGACGGGCGACUUUACUACUCCCAACUCAAAAGAAAACGAAGCCGAGACGCAGAAAAGAGUGCACUUUGACAAGGAUGAUGAUCUAUCGCGAGCUGUAAAGCGACUGGGAGCUCUGUCGACAUACGAUAAGGAAUUAGAGGAUUGGAACGCUAUGAGAUCUGGAGCUUUAGACAGGGGGAUUAAAUCUGCGAGAGAAGAGAGAGUAGAAGCUCCCAUGACUCAACAAGACCGCAGUAAAUCUGUCCCGCAUGAGGAUAACCGUUUUGUGUCCAAUAACGGUCUCAGACGAGCGGCCAAUUUCGAAACUCACGUUGGGGGAGCUGGUGCCACACCUGAGGACCGGAAGAAGAAAUACGCUGACGAUUUGAGGAAACAGAUGGACGAGCAAAGGAAAGCAAAGUUAAAAACACGGAAUGACUACUAUGGAUCUCCUUCAACCAAAUCAAAAGUCGAUCACGAAUUCACUUCUCCGAACAUAGCCGUGAACAAACCUAGUCCAUUAGAGAGAGCAGAUGAAAGUGUAAGACAGCGACUGAACACCAAGUUUGAGAAACUGUCUCCAGAACCAGCUGCAGUAAGACCUGGCCGAAUACCUCAAUCACCCGUUAGGGAAUCACCUGGUAGGCUUCCUCAAUACCCUCAGGGAGGAUACUUCCCUCCUCCCGGCUACAACAUGUAUCCUCCUUACAUGAUGCCUCCACAACAAAUGAUGCAGCAAGGCAUGUACCCUCCCUAUAUGAUGCCCCAACAACAAAUGAUGCAGCCUGGCAUGAUGCCACCAAAUAUGGGUGGCAUGAUGCCACAGCAGAUGGGUAAUAAUGGUAUGAUGCGACCGCAAAUGAUGAAUGGAGGGCAGCAACUUGCCAAUAAUACACAGUACGAUCCAUACCAGAAUCCCCAGUACUACGGUCUUGAAAGAAGACGAAGUGGUGAAUCUCGAGAAAGAAGGCCAAGAGAACCAGCAGGUGCUCCUCCACAAAACAGAAGUCAGCCCCGAAAUGUUGAAACAAUUGCAGACCCUGCCAUUACAAGAAUAACAGACAUUGGAGCUAACAAUAACUCACCCAAACCGCAAAAAGGUAACCUUGAUCCGAGUGAUUAUGCUCGUGAACUGAAGAGGCAAGUGGAAGAACGGGAAAGAGCGAAAAACAAGAAAAAGGAAGAGCAAGAAAUGUAUGACAGGAAGAAAGACGAAGAGUGUGCUAAUUACAAUCCUUGGGGAAGAGGCGGAGCAGGUGCCCCUCUAAAAGACGCCCAGGGGCAAUCUGUCGCCAAUCGAAAUCAAAUGAAGGCGAAUGCGCAGGAUCCCAUUACUCUACAGAAAGAACAGAAAUCUAGAGUAGUUGCCGCUCCACCUCCAGUUGAAGGCACGCCUGACAAGGCGGAAGGAGCACAUUUCGGUCGAGUAAACGAGAUAACAGGAACGCCUCAAGAAGACGAUCCCGUGAAGAUUGCUGCUAAACAGGACUACAAAUCUUUCCUGCAGCAACAGAUUGAUGAGAGAGCAAGACUGAAGGCGGAGCAGAAAGAAAAAGAACGUUUAGAGGAUGAAAAGGAGAUGGCUCGACUUGAGAAGGAGAGGUUGAGAUUAAAGGCAGAAUUUGAAGCGGAACUCAAGGGAAAGAAAGAAAAGGAGGAAGCCCAACAGCAAAUGAACGAAGACCUCAAGCGAGCUGCUGAGGAAAGACGUAAAGAUCAAGAGAAGAGAGAAGCUAGUGCGCGUAAGAGGCGGGAAGAUAAUGAAAAGAAGAAGCAAGAAGAUGAGCAGAGACAGGCGCAGGAGCAGAGACAAGAACCACAGAGUAGGAUGCAGCCUCCAGCAUUCGAUCAGAGAGGAAGAAGCCCUCCCGUACCAACCCUGGCAAAACAACAAGACGGUCCCAAAAAUUCAAAUAGAGAGUCUAUAGUCAUUCCAACACAUGCCCCCAAACAAGAACAACCAUCUUACGCAAACAGACAAGAUCAACCACCCUACUCUAAUAGAGAAUCUAUUGUUAUACCAACGCAUGCUAAUAGACAACAGGAACCUGCCAGAGAAUCAAUUGUUAUUCCAACACAUGCUGCUAACAGACAAUCACCUCCUGUUCCCAAGCUCGAUCUCUCUGGAAGAAUUGAGACUGAUGCUGAGGGUGACCUCCGGCCGUCUGAUCGACGUCCCCCAAGUAAUCUGGGUCCGUCACGGUCAAAUGGGGGGACACCAAAGUCCGGUGAUGUGACAAAAGACCAUGUUAUGAGCCAACUGUCCGCACUGAGAACGCAACUGAACCGUUUACAGAACGUUAAGAGCACUCAAAAUGAGCUGGGAAAGCCCGUGACGAUAGCAGGUGGUGGUUUUGAUACUGACUUGGACCGGGCUGCUAAACGUAGGAACCCUGCUGCUCCAGCUGCAGUGAGAGCAGAUUACGACAAUUUGAGUCUACUUUCACAAGACCUGAGGGACCGUUACGAGCUCUUUUCCGGACACGACGAAUUAGGGGACAAGUUCAGGAACAUCCAGCUACAAGACAGGGAUAGUUUGGACGGGCAGUGCUCGAGCGAGUUUGUUGCGUGUACACCUGAACCUACUCAACUCUUGCAAAGCCAAGGUCGCAGGUCAACGCAGAACAACCGCUACAAGAGACCUCCAUCCGACAAGAGACCACCGUCUGGUACCUCUAUACAGAGUUUUGAUGUUCACAAGAUAGCUCAGAGGAAUGAAGAAAGGCUCCGGCGACUCGAAAAUAUGCAGUCAGGUCGUAUAUUCAAGGAGCAGAGCCCCGAUCUGAUACUAGACGCGUUUCUCUCAGACAACAACCGCCCUGAGUCUGAAGCCAGCUUAGAGUGUGAGACUUCCUACAAGCCAGCUUUUUAACAUCCUGGUUCCCUUAACCUCCCACAUUUUACCCCGAUCAUUCUACUUCUUCCAUCUUCAGAUUAAGGAAACUUUCGAACAUUUGAUAGACCAUAUGCAUGGCUGUUCAACUCUUGAAGUUUGAGUUUGGGAUGAACAUUGAACACGUUAUAAACUGGUGAUCAAACAACAGAAGAAUUGUAGCUUCUCGUGGCGUUUACUUAGGGGCCAUGGCCUUUACUCUCACAGUCAUUUCUUGUUUUGGUCGUCGUUGUUUCGACAAUAAUAAUUUUCGUCUUAACUUACAUAAUUAGAAUGUUUUCAGAAUUUGUCUGUGAUUGAUAAAUUCUGUUAAAAAUAAACGAGCUACUCAGGUGUUAUGUAAAGAUGUGUCAACUGAAUACAUUUCUGUGAUUCCUUUAGUUAACUACGUAAUAAUUUGCUGCAGCAAUGAUGAUGUGAGAAGAUAUAUUUUAGAUUUUUAGACAUUGGUCUAGUACAAAUUAGACUCAGAAAAUAAUGAUUCAACAGAGUUUAAAAGUAGAAAAAUUUGUUUGUGAUUGGUUUAAUUUAUUCAGUCUGCGUUGGUAUAAACUCAUUGAGAGUAAUAAAUCAGAAUUGCUUCUAAUAACUUAGUAAUAGAAAUAAGAAUUUUUGUAUAGUUUUGAUGUUAUUGUCAGUAUUUCCAUGUUUAAAUAAACGUGGUUGUUUUAUAUUUAAUAUUUAAA